CCACCAACAUCUCGUGAACACGGCGGCACCGAUAUAACGGCACCUCAGCUGGAGGCAGGAGCUCAAGUUGCACCUCAGAUUCUAGCAAGCGAGUAGUUUCCGCGGCGAGCUGAACUUAGUGUGGUAGCGAGCAAGCCAUGGGAUCGCUGCCGCCGGCGGAGGGUGAGCGGCGGCCGCCGCACGUGGUGAUGGUCCCGUACCCGGCGCAGGGCCACGUGACGCCGAUGCUGCAGCUGGCCAAGCUCCUCCACGCGCGGGGUUUCCACGUCACCUUCGUCAACAACGAGUUCAACCACCGCCGCCACCUGCGCGCGCGUGGCCCGCGGGCGCUCGACGGCGCGCCCGGGUUCCGCUUCGCCGCCAUCGACGACGGCCUCCCGCGCUACGACGCCGACGCCACCCAGGACGUCCCCGCGCUCUGCCGCUCCACCAUGACCACCUGCCUGCCCAGGUUCAAGGGCCUCAUCGCCAGGCUCAACGCCGAGGCCGAGGGCGGCGACGGCGAGAUGCCACCCGUGACAUGCGUCGUCGGCGACAGCACCAUGACCUUCGCGCUCCGCGCCGCGCGGGAGCUGGGGCUCCGCUGCGCCACGCUCUGGACCGCCAGCGCCUGCGGCUUCAUCGGUUACUACCACUACCGGCACCUCGUCGAGCGCGGCCUCGUGCCGCUCAAGGACGAGGCGCAGCUCUGCGACGGGUACCUGGACACCACCGUCGUCGACUGGAUCCCGGGCGCGCCGAGGGAUGGCCUGCGCCUGCGCGACUUCCCGAGCUUCGUGCGCACCACGGACCCGGACGACAUCAUGCUCAACUUCUUCAUCCACGAGACGGCCGCCAUGUCGCAGGCGUCAGCCGUGGUCAUCAACACCUUCGACGAGCUCGAGGCGCCGCUGCUGGACGCCAUGGCGGAGCUCCUGCCACCCGUCUACACCGUGGGUCCGCUCCCGCUGACGGUGCGGAACAACGUGCCCGAUGACAGCCCAGUCGCCGCCAUCGGGUCCAACCUGUGGAAGGAGCAGGACGCGCCGCUCCGGUGGCUCGACGGCCGCGCGCCGCGCUCCGUCGUGUACGUCAACUUCGGGAGCAUCACGGUAAUGUCCAACGAGCAGCUGGCCGAGUUCGCGUGGGGGCUGGCCAACACCGGCUACGCCUUCCUCUGGAACGUGCGCCCGGACCUCGUCAAGGGCGACGAGUCCCCCGGUCUGCCGCCAGAGUUUGCGGCCGCGACGGAGGGCCGGAGCAUGCUGUCGACGUGGUGCCCGCAGGCGGCGGUGCUGGCGCACGAGGCUGUAGGGGUGUUCCUGACGCACUCCGGCUGGAACUCGACGCUGGAGAGCAUCUGCGGCGGCGUGCCGAUGGUGUGCUGGCCCUUCUUCGCCGAGCAGCAGACCAACUGCCGGUACAAGCGCACCGAGUGGGGCAUCGGUAUGGAGGUCGGCGACGAGGUGCGACGCACUGAGGUGGAGGCACUCAUACGAGAGGCCAUGGAGGGAGAGAAGGGACAGGAGAUGCGGCGGCGCGUGGCGGAGCUAAGGGAAAGCGCCGUGGCCGCGGCGCGGCCCGGCGGACGUUCCAUGCGCAACGUCGACAGGCUCAUCGACGAGGUGCUCCAACACUAAACGAUGCUCUGUCCCUGUCGAUCUUGGCGGCUGGUGCUCCGAAAAUCCCGCAAGAAAGGACCGGUUACAAGAGAAAGGGUGGUUUUUUAAUUAAGAUAUCUAUAAACUAUUCGGAUCCGAAAUAAUAAGAUAAAUCUUUAAAUUAA